UUCCAGAGUCGUAUCCUUGCACUUCCACCCUAACAAUUAACAAACCCGUUUUCACUUUCGACACCCCAGCGCCAAUAGCAUCCCGCCACGUCAGCAUCGUCCCACGUGUGCACGGUGAAGAUCCCCACGGAGCCGCACCCUAUAAAAGCCUCUGAGAAACAACAACAGGGAGCUGAAACGAGUGCGUGCGUGCGUGCGUGCGUGCAUGCGUGCGUACGCCGAGUCACCCACCGGAGGCGCUCCGUGAUGUACGGCGGCGACAGCGACAGCGAGCACGAGCUCCGGCGCGGCGACGCCAUGGACUUCCGGGACCUGAAGGUGGUAUCCGCCGUGGGACGCGGGGCCAAGGGCGUGGUGUUCCUGGCGAGGCCGUACAGCGGCACGUGCGGGGAGUGGCUGGCGCUGAAGGUGGUGUCGAAGGCGCUGCUGCAGAAGAAGAAUAAGAGCGACAGUGGGUGUAAGAGGGUGUCGUUUGAGAGGCACAUACUGUGUCGUUUUGAUCACCCGUUAUUGCCCAAGUUCCGUGGGGCCUUUGAAACGGACCAACUCCUUGGAUUCGCAAUCGAUUAUUGCCACGGUGGGACUCUACAUUCUCUUCGCAAAAAACAACCCCACAAGACUUUCUCUGAAGAAACCAUAAGGUUUUACGCAGUUGAAUUGGUCCUAGCAUUGGAGUAUUUGCACAAUUUCGGAGUAGUGUACAGGGACUUGAAGCCAGAGAACAUCAUGAUCCAAGAAUCAGGUCAUAUAAUGCUCGUGGAUUUCGACCUCUCCAAGAUGCUACACAAGUCAAACUCGUCGAGUUGCAACUCCUCACCCGGUUCAGACUCGUCCCCGGAGAAGGACCGAAGGAAGCGACGAUUCUCGCGCUUCAACUGUUACUGUCACUCGGCGCAACUCAUUCAUGACUCAGAGAUUCCGAGUCAGCUGAUGCGUCGUCGGAGCGAGUCAGACUCGGUGGAAAAGUCAAACUCGUUCGUGGGAACCGAGGAUUACGUGGCACCCGAGGUUAUUUCAGGUGAAGGACACGAUUUCGGAGUUGAUUGGUGGUCGUUGGGCGUUGUUUUGUACGAGAUGCUCUACGGGAAGACACCGUUUAAGGGUGCAAAUAGGAAGGAAACGUUUCACCAAAUUUUGACCAAGGAGCCUGAGUUGACAGGGGAAACGACACCGUUGAGGGACUUGAUUAAGAAGUUGCUUACAAAAGAUCCCAAUCGUAGGAUCGAGGUGGAUGAUAUCAAGGGUCAUGAUUUCUUUAAAUGUGUCAAGUGGGACACGAUCUUGGAAAUUGCGCGUCCACCCUAUAUACCUCAAAAUGAAAUUGUGGAUUCUGAAGGGUUUUCAAGAAAAGAUGUGGAGUCCUUUGUUCAUGGGAUAUUUUUCCCCAAGAAUAAAAAGCAAGGAGAGAAAAAGGAGAAUGAGGGGCAGAAAGAGGACGAUAAAAAGUGCGAUAAUAAGAAUGUGUGGGUUGAGAAGUUGAACCAAAAUUCUACCAAGGAUGAAAAUUUUUUAAUCUUUUGAUUUGAUUGAUUCUUUUAUAAAUAUUUUUGUUCAUCCUACUUGUAAAUCUUUAUUGCAUUAUGUUUUCUCUCUCAAGCUUCUUGUAUUGACAACAAGAUGAUUUAGUUGUACUAAAAGAAUUUAGGUCA